AUGCCGAGCGCAACUAAUGACAGCUUCACUGAAGACUUGUUGAACGAUCAGAUGCUGGCCUUCAUGAACAAUGUAGAUUACGGUAGCCUUUCUAGUAGAGGAUCUACAAACGGAAUUAACACGAUCGGACUUCCCGCUAGCACUCAAAAGGCCCUUUCGCUGGAUAAGAACGGUGCUCUAUCUCUUUCUAAAGGUCACCCUGGUGCCCCGGCUACCUGUAACUCUCCGACUCACCACAUGUCCACGGGGUUCGCUGCGCUGGCCUCACCUGGCAUGAUGAACAAAUAUGCUCCUGGAACGUUGGGUCAUAUGUUUUCAAACCCUAAUAGCACAAAGCCAAUGGACGAUUAUCACAGUCUACAGAACUCUCCUUUCUACAAUCAUUACCCCGUGAACAUGAAUUUUCAUCCGAUAAAGCGACAAAAUUCUCCUGGCAACGGUGUCCUCCUAUCUUGUCAGAGCAAUGGAGUUAGUCCUAGAGACAAUGGUAACAUAACUUCCGAAUGUCAGAUUCCUCCACCUCGACAACCUCCUCAAAGAGAGCUCUUUCCACACGCGUUUCCUAGAUGUGAUCCAAGUAUGGCCAACGCAAUAUCUCUUAACUCAGGUUCAGGUCUCCUUAUGCAGGAUCGACUACAAUAUUACGUUUUCGCACAGAAACAAGGUUUUAUUGUUGGACCCGAGUUAGACAGAAUAAAAGAGAAUUCUCGACGUUCCACAAGCCAUUCAUAUGGGCGGAUUUCAGCUCACUUUCGCAACCGUUAUGGAGAGACCGAAGCCAAGACCAAAGCGUCUUACAUGCAACUUGGAGUUCGAGUCCCCAGCAAGGAUCACGUAUCGGAAAUUGUUGGGAAAGGAGGUCAAUGUGGUCAAACUAUGCUAAAUAACGAAGAAGUAGAGCAAAAUUGA